AAUUAAUCAAAUAACUUGUUUUAAACAAAUUAUCCACUCGCUUAUCAAAAAUGGGACCGUACCCAGGUUCGAAUAACCAACAGUCGGUAAUAAAUUCGAUAUUCAAACGAUUAUUUAAUCCCAAGAUCAUUAAAUUUAUAAUUGCCAUAGUGGCCGUUAUAAACAUUUUUUAUAUCACUAGUUUAUUAGUUGAUGAUAAAUCAUCCAAGACCAUCACCAAUCGAUUGAAGUAUCAUGCUACUAGUGUGAUUGAUAAUAUUGAUAACUUGUAUAAUGGGAAUGAAGAACAAAAUGAAGUUGAAAUUUCCGAACAAAUGCCCAAAACUUCAGUUAUCCCCAAACCAAAAGUUGAUCAACAACAAGAACAUUCAAACGAUAAACAUCUUUAUCCAGUUCCGGAAUUACCGUAUGAUCAACUUAAUGAUUCCGAUAAGAUUUUAUACAAAUUGAAUCAAAUUACUCUUGAUAAAGAAAAGUAUUGGUUGGGGCACACCGAGUUAACGGAUCACCAAUUAGAAAUUAAAAUUAGUGAUUUUGUUAAAUCAAAUUGGAUUGAUAAGCCAUUAUUAUAUUACGAUCCUAGAUUUACUCUUUCGGUGUAUAUAAAUGAAAUUAAAAAUCAAUAUUUGCACAAAAAUCCAAAUAAUGAUAAGUUUAAACUACAUGAAAUUGUGGUGCCAUUUGCAUGGAGUGAUUGGGUGGAUUUAACAAUGUUAAAUCAUGAAUUAAGUAAACCAGAGGGGAAAAGAAAGAAUUGCGAAUAUAUGAAGGCAGUCCAUCAUAUACCGGCUAAAGAUCCAAAUUAUUGUGUCAAUAAUCUAGAUUUAACUAAUGAAGAUUUAAAAGAGAUGAAAUUACCAUCAACAAAAUUUGUUCCAGGAUUUGCAGUUAAAAAAUCACCAACAAAUAAAGCAUCAAAUGAAGUAAGAAUGCUUGAAGGUAAAAGUCAUUUAUUAACAUACGCUGAUUUACCGUUGAGUAUGAUUUUUUUAAGUAAAGAUGGAACUUAUGAAGCGAAAAUUGAAAAUAAAGAAAGAAUUGUUGAUGGGAAUUUGUUUGAAAAUUAUUUGAAAAAUAAUCAAAUUCAACAUAAUGACCAAGAUCAAAAAUUGAUUAUGGAUCCAGUAUUGGAAUUCAACGAUUUUGUAUCAAAAGUUAAACCAAAUGUUAUUUCACCAGAAGAUGACGAAUACGGAAUGGUUGAGAAAUUGAAAAAUUCUAAACCAAACGAUUCAAAAGAAAUCUAUUUACCAGAAAGUUCUUUCAAUUAUCAACAAGAUAAAAUCGAUGAACAAAUUGCCAAAUACGAAUCUCGUAUAAUGAAAUUAAUUGAUUCAACAACUAAUGAAUUAAAAUUUGAUCACCAUACCAUUAAUAAAGAACGUUUAAGUAGAAAUGAAAAAUUGUAUUUCAAAAGUUUGAAGUACGCCAAUUCUUUUGAAGAUACUAAAGAAGAUACUUAUUUCAGAAUGGCUAGAUUGAAUUUUAAUAAUGAAGAAAAUGACCAUGAUGCUGGAUGGCAUUAUGAAUGGAGAUUUUUCAAUGGGGCAUUACGUUAUUUAAAGGACGAUUGGAAUGCCGAUGAGUUAUUAAUUCGUGAAAAAAUUUUAUUGGAUCGUAUUUUAAGAAAUUGGUUUAGAUUUGCUAAUGAAAAGGGAAUCAUUAGUUGGAUUGCCCAUGGCCCAUUAUUAAGUUGGUAUUGGGAUGGAUUACUCUUCCCAUUUGAUGAAGAUAUUGAUAUUCAAAUGCCUGCUGAAGAAUUAGCAAGAUUUUCUAAAUUAUACAAUCAAACAUUGGUUGUUGAAGAUUUAACUGAAGGUUUUGGGAAAUAUUUUAUUGAUUGUUCGACUUUUAUUCAUCAUCGUUCUAAAACUCGUAAUGAAAAUCAUAUUGAUGCAAGAUUUAUUGAUAUUGAUACCGGAUCAUAUAUCGAUAUCACUGGAUUAGGAAUUAGCCAAGAAGCAUAUCCAGAUAAAUAUAAAGGAAUAGUGGAAGAUCGAGAAAAACAAGGAUUACCCAGACCAAUUUAUAAUUGUCGUAAUGCUCAUUUCUAUUCAUAUAACGAAAUAUCACCAUUAAGAUUUACCAUGAUGGGUGGAGUACCCCUUUAUGUACCAAACAAAAUUGAUGAUAUCUUAAAAGAUGAAUAUAGUAUUGGAAUGUCAUCAUAUACUUAUGGAGGAUUCUAUUUUGUUGAUGCCAUUAAUUUAUGGAUCCAUCAACUGAAGUUGGAAUUUUUAUUUAAUGAAAAAGAUUAUAAAGAAAAAAAUGAAAUAAACAUUGAUAAAUUUACAAACUUGGUUAAAAAUAUUAAUGAAACUCAAGUUAUACAAUUAUUAGAUAAAGAAGAAGAAAUCUUAUUAGAAUAUUACUUAACUAAAGAUGUCACCGAUAUUCAUAAAAAGGAAUUAACCUAUUUAUUUGAUAUGCCAAAUGGUGAAUCUACCAAAAUUGGCGAUAUUGGUGCCGAAAAACCAGAAUCAGUUAUCAGUAAUGAUGAAAAUUAUCAUAAGUUUACCCUGAACUUUAAAUUUCAAAAACCUUUUAGAAGGCCCUUAUUCAAUUAUGAAAACAUUGAUAGACCAAAGCAUCAUAACGACUAGCAUAUGUAUAUUAAUAAUAUUGUAUUAUAUUUUGUAUUCUCCUUGAAUUCUUGUAUUUUGCAUUCUGGCAGGUUUUGUAUCGUAUGUAAACAAACUUAAUCUUGUACGUUUAAUCCGUUUUGUAAUCUACUCCCAGUAAACUUUGUAACGCAUGGCUGGAGGCGAAAUCCCACCCAUUAAAACAGGCAAGUUGCUCGCCAAAUUGGUCUAAGCUCGUAAGUUGACUGGUUUGGAAAAUCUACGUCCACACCACGGCUUUUGCAGAUGCUUUCACCGUUCCUACUAGUGGCUUCGGUUAUCACAAUGAAACGAAUACCAAAACAAUUCACUAUUGAAAUUUGCAGUGAAAUUUGGCCUUUGCAAAAAGAAAAGUUUAGCAUCGUGUGACCCCUGAAGGUUUACAGGUUAGCCUUUUGUGAGUUCCGGGGGCGCUCUGGGGCCAUUGUUGGGCUGAAUACAGAGGAACUGGCGUAGAGGAUGAGUAGAAG